GGGAGAGGCCAAAGAUAAUCUUUAUUUUUAUCUCUGGGCUCAAAAUUCCACUAAAGGUGUUUUUCACAGAGCAGUUAAGAUGAGGUUCUAGUAAACUUUUAUUUAAAUUAUUGCACCACUAUAUUUAGUUGAGGCAAUAGAGCUUUCUUAAAGCUGACGUAGCUUUUUAUUUUGUAGUCUGUUUUGCAACUGUUAUUUCUAUAUAUUCUUUUUUAGGUGGAUGUGUGGUUUUUAACCUCAGAUCUCCAGCAAAUACUACAAAGAAGAAAAAAUUCUAAAGAAUCAAUCAAGUUUCCUGUCUAGUCCAAGUAACAUCCCUGGUCUUAACCACAAGCAGGAGAAAUGAAGCACAUUGUCAAUCUAUAUGAAAACAUCAAUGAUACAGCAAGAAAUAAUUCAGACUGUCCUCUUGUGGUUUUGCCAGAAGAGAUAUUCUUCACAAUAUCCAUCAUUGGGGUUUUGGAGAAUCUGAUGAUCCUUCUGGCUGUGAUCAAGAAUAAGAAUCUCCAGUCACCAAUGUACUUUUUCAUUUGCAGCUUGGCCAUUUCUGAUAUGUUGGGCAGCCUAUAUAAGAUCCUGGAAAAUAUCCUGAUCAUGUUCAGAAACACAGGUUAUCUCAAGCCUCGUAGCAAUUUUGAAACCACAGCCGAUGACAUCAUUGACUCUCUGUUCAUCCUCUCCCUACUUGGGUCCAUUUUCAGCCUGUCUGUGAUCGCCGUUGACCGCUACAUCACAAUCUUCCAUGCUCUGCAGUACCACAGCAUUGUGACCAUGCACCGUGCCAUUGUUGUCCUGAUAGUCAUCUGGACGUGCUGCCUGGGCAGCGGCAUCGCCAUGGUGAUCUUCUCCCAUCACAUCCCCACAGUGAUCACCUUCACCUCGCUGUUCCCUCUCAUGUUGGUCUUUAUCCUAUGCCUCUAUGUGCACAUGUUCUUGCUGGCCCGUUCCCAUGCCAGGAAGAUCUCAACCCUCUCUAGAGGCAACAUGAAAGGGGCCAUCACGCUGACCAUCCUGCUCGGGGUGUUCAUCUUCUGCUGGGCCCCUUUUGUCCUUCAUGUCCUCUUAAUGACAUUCUGCCCAAAUAACCCUUACUGUGUCUGCUACAUGUCCCUCUUCCAGGUGAAUGGCAUGUUGAUCAUGUGCAAUGCAGUCAUCGACCCUUUUAUAUAUGCCUUCCGGAACCCAGAGCUCAGGGAGGCAUUCAAAAAGAUGAUCUUCUGCAACAGUUACCAGUACUGACCCCUGAUUUUAGGAACCACAGGGAUAAUAUUGUCAAGUGACAAAAUAACAUGACAUACCACUAAACAUUAAUGCUCUCGACUGUCCUUUCCUUCCCUAACACGUAUAUGGAUUAUCCCACUAACUAGUGUUUGUAAUCCUCAGUUCCAAGUGAACAGCCUUGCUGUAGGUACAACUUUUAUGACUAGAGAGAUAAAAUAAUGUACUAAAAAGAAGGACAGAAUACAAAGCAUAUACAGCAAACAAAUUUGAGAGCUUUGGGCUAAGGCAAAAUCUUGUUCUCCUAUAGAUUAGCAAGCAUCUCACUGGGGUAGCCUUUCGAGGCUGGAGGCCAUUUCAACCAAUUUCUAUAAGUUAAAGUACCAGGGCAAGUACUCAGAGCAGAAACUACAGAAUCUUUGUAAGCCAAAGGUGCUAAUAAAUUGCUGCAGCUGAAUUUACCUGUCCUGCACUGCCAUACAGAAUCUCUGCUCACCCUACUCCCUCUGGCCUGCCUGCUUUAUUGUAUUACAUCUCAAAUCUUUUUGGAAGUAGGCAGGGUAUAAAGUAUAAAUGUCAAAUAACUACCUCUGAGUUUCCAAUAAUAAAGUCAUCUGUUAGUUGUCUUUGAUCACUCAGUAUCCCACUGCCCUGAAAAUCCCUGCCUGGUGAGAACUCCUCACACCUUAGAAUUACAAAUUUCAAAGAAGAAAAUAAAAAUUAAUCCAUUUUGUUCCUAUGUGGGGAUAAAUAAAGGCCAGAAGAAAAUUGUGACUAUUUGCAGAAGGUAUGAUCAAUCUUUGUGUAUUUAUCCAAAUGGAGAAGUACAGGAAAAGAGACUCAAAGCCCCAAGGUAUUUUGUGGAAUAAGUAGAGUGUGCAUGUGCAUGCAUGUGUGUGUGUGUGUGUGUGUUCACCAUGCUUUUGGACUAUAGGAUAAACCAAGACCAAAUCAACGCUUCAAGAAUAGUGCUAUUAUUGAGACCCAAGCCAUUGACUGAUGAAAACAUUUUACCUCCCCCCACAGAUGAGUCUGAGUGGCAGAUCCAGCCACUGGAAAAUUUCACCCUACCAUCAGCCACAGGAAACAUGCCAGAUAUUGAAGAGUGGCAUCCCCAAGGGGAAUAAAAGAAACAUAAUUUGUAAGUUUAUCUGUUUUUAAUAGCUACAGAUAAAGCUUAAAGAAGAAGCAAAUUCUGAUUGUAAAUCCUUGCUAAGUUGGAGAACAAUUUAAAGGGAUGAAUGAUGAGAGAGAGAAAAGAAGCCAUGUCUUCAGAUGCACAGAGUGUGGUUGCUCAAGAUCCACUGAGAGUCACAGUGUCUUCUGGAGGAGGCAAUACUUGGCCUUCAGUAGAAUUUUCCCUGAGCUGCUGAGAGGACUGCUGGUCUGGUGAUGGGUUCAAUAUUAGAUGUGAGGAGGGACAGGACCUUAACAAGCAGAGAAGAAAGCAAGGAGUUAAAGGGAAGGCAGCUGCGGGCAUGUUUCCAGACAGCCUGCAUCACAGAUUGGAGAUGAACCCCAUAGUGUGUCUUCUUGUUCUCUGUGUUAUGUAGAAAUGCUUCUUUGCUCCUUCCCCCUCACAAAGGGAUGAUACUACUCUAAUGUACAUUAACCUGGAUUUAUUAAUAUAUAAAAUACUAUAUAUAAGCUUAUUUUCCAUAAAAUCUAAAGCACACCCCUAUGAAUGAUUUUUAAAUGUUAUUUCUACCAUUAAAAGAAUAAUGUAUAGCACACUUUUCUGUGAUUGAACUGAGUAAUGUCAAUAAAAUGUAACUUUUCUUUGA